UCUUGUCAGAGUUUCCACCCUUUUGUUCUCCGAAAAUAGGAAAAGAUCACACACCCGAGACGCAGUAAAAUCUCACAUAAACGUCAGAGCUGAGAUCUAAUUCCCCCCUAUCCACCCCACCCCACCCCUCGCAUUUAUUCCCUUUCUUUUUCUGAGAUUUGCUACAAAUUUUUUCAGUUCUAGUGUGGAAAACCACCUCUUCCUCUAUCCUUCACUCCCAACACCCUACAAAUCUUGAUUCUGUUUCUGUUUCUGUUUCCUGAGCUGUGAGUAUAUCAGGCAAUCUAAUUCAGAUCUGCCCAGAUCCAUACUUCGCUUCUGUAAGCACUUUUUUCCCUCCUGAUCUCAUUGUCUUUUGCUGUCUUGAUUUGCUGAUUGGAUGCUUUUGCGUAUUGGAAGGUACCGUUGGUUUUGGUUGCUUCAUAGUCUAGUUUCUUACCUGAAGCCCGACGCCAGAAUCUCAGUAUGAGAUCGUCUUUUUGACCGACAAGGUGCAAGCACUCAGGUCGAAGGAGGAUCUGAAGGUUUCUAAAGAAUUACCCAAGCUAAGAUAAAUGACAAGGGGGAGAUCAGAUGCAGCGCAGAAGAAGCGCUUGUUGACUUCUGUGUGUAUUGUGGCUGUAUUUCUUGUCUUUCUGUAUCUCUACUUUGGCUCUAAGAAUUCUGGGGAGUCUGCUCUAGAGUAUGGCAGCCGCUCUUUGAGAAAACUGGGGACAUCAUAUUUAGGGGGAGAUGAGGAUUCUGAUCUUGGUCACAAGCAAGACGAAUCAUCAGUCAAGUUUGGGCUAGAUGAUGGGGAGGAUGGUUUUGCCCCAAAGAGCUUCCCCGUCUGUGAUGAUCGUCAUUCAGAGUUGAUCCCCUGUCUGGACAGAAAUCUUAUAUAUCAAUCGAGAUUGAAGUUGGAUCUGUCUCUGAUGGAGCACUAUGAAAGACACUGCCCAUUACCUGAAAAGCGAUUCAAUUGCUUAAUUCCACCUCCACCAGGAUACAAGGUUCCGCUCAAGUGGCCAAAAAGUAGAGAUGAAGUUUGGAAAGUAAACAUUCCCCACACUCACCUUGCAACUGAGAAGUCCGACCAGAACUGGAUGGUUGUUAAAGGUGAAAGGAUUCGUUUUCCUGGAGGAGGCACCCACUUUCAUUAUGGAGCAGAUAAAUACAUUGCUUCAAUUGCAAAUAUGCUGAACUUUUCAAACAAUAACUUGAACAAUGAGGGAAGAUUGCGCACGGUGUUCGAUGUCGGCUGUGGUGUUGCAAGUUUUGGCGGUUACCUCCUUUCAUCUGAUAUCAUUGCAAUGUCAUUAGCACCUAAUGAUGUUCACCAAAAUCAGAUCCAAUUUGCCCUUGAGAGAGGAAUUCCUGCAUAUCUAGGUGUUCUUGGGACAAAGAGGCUUCCUUAUCCAAGCCGGUCUUUUGAACUUGCUCAUUGUUCUCGUUGUAGAAUUGAUUGGUUGCAGAGAGAUGGGAUCCUUUUGCUUGAGUUGGAUAGAGUGCUGAGACCUGGAGGCUAUUUUGCAUACUCAUCCCCUGAAGCUUAUGCUCAGGAUGAAGAGGAUCUGAGAAUAUGGAAGGAGAUGAGUGCACUUGUGGAACGCAUGUGCUGGAGAAUUGCUGCUAAAAGAAACCAAACUGUCAUUUGGCAAAAGCCUUUAACAAAUGACUGUUAUAUGGAGAGAGAACCUGGCACUCAGCCGCCUCUCUGUCGAUCUGAUGAUGAUCCUGAUGCUGUUUGGGGUGUACUAAUGGAGGCAUGCAUUUCACCCUAUUCUGAACAUGAUCACCAAACAAGAGGCAGCGGACUGGCACCAUGGCCUGCCCGAUUAACUUCUCCUCCUCCUCGUCUUGCUGAUUUGGGCUACACAAGCGAAAUGUUUGAGAAAGACACGGAACUUUGGAGGCAGAGAGUUGAUAACUAUUGGAAUCUCUUGAGCCCGAAGGUCAAGCCUGAUACUCUGAGGAACCUGAUGGAUAUGAAGGCACAUUUGGGGUCAUUUGCUGCCGCUCUGAAAGACAAGGACGUAUGGGUGAUGAAUGUUGUGCCUGAAGACGGUCCUAAAACACUUAAAAUUGUCUUUGAUAGAGGCUUGAUUGGCACAGUUCACAACUGGUGUGAAUCCUUCUCAACAUACCCGAGAACUUACGAUUUGCUCCAUGCUUGGACUGUAUUUUCCGAUAUUGAAAAGAAAGGUUGCAGCGGCGAGGAUCUACUCCUUGAGAUGGACCGGAUUCUCAGACCUACAGGUUUCAUUAUCAUCCGUGAUAAACAACACGUUGUCGAUUUUGUCAAGAAGUAUUUAUCUGCAUUGCAUUGGGAAGCAUUCGCCACUGCUGAUUCGUCUUCAGAACCUGGCCAAGAUGGAGAUGAAGUCGUGUUCAUCAUCCGUAAGAAACUGUGGCUGACAAGUGAAAGCUUGAGAGAUACAGAGUAGACCCUCGACGACGGGGCUGAUUAAUUCACCUUCUCGGUUAGCGAAUUCCACAUCAUCUUGGGAUCUAAGAAGCAUAUCUCAGGAGUUCAUUUUGUAGACAUUCUGUAAUGCUUAUUGCUUCAGUUUAGUUGUUGACUAGCCAUUGACAAGUUCUAUUUAUAGGGUAUUCUUCAUUCUUGCAAUGCUGUCAAAAUUUGUUAUUGGGAAAUAUCGUAGUUGCCUCUGUCCCAGGAUGUUCAAUAAUUAUUCUUACCUGAUUAUAUUCUGCUUCAAUUCUUUCUCAGUCGAAUCAAAUUAUAUAGUUAUGGUUC